AGCGUCUACUCUAAUUCGCUGAAAACCGUUGGCGGGUGGAAAACUACUGUUUCAAAUUAAAUCCAACAACACAAACCUGUGUAAGUGGAUCUUCCAGCAGUUAUUGGUGUGUUUAACCGCGUUUAACCACCGAAAAUCUCAUUUAUUCACCGGCUUGUUUAGUUUUGUGCCGGUGAAAAGCGAAUAUUGACGGGAUGGAUGUCUCUCAACAAGAUGGUGAAGUUGCGGAGAUUUCAAAGAAACUGGAAAAGUCUUUGUUUAUGGAUACAGAUGACAACAUGGAAGCCUACCACAGAUUCAUUCAAGCUGGUAAAGAUGUUGCCAAACAAGGGGACCUGAAAGAGGCUCAGAAUUUCUUCAAACUGGCGUACAACAUUCACCAGAGUCAAAAACUUAAAAGCAGGAUAAAGAAAAUUGAAGAACUUCUUGCUCAGAAUGAUUUAGAGGAUGAAGAUGAAGAGUUUGUCAAUGUUAACAACAGUGGUUUAAUGCUUUUCAAAGAGUUAUAUGACAAGCUUUAUGACUACCAAAGAAAUGGAGUGGCCUUCUUAUACAGCCUCUACAGAGAUGGUCGUAAAGGUGGGAUCCUUGCAGAUGACAUGGGCCUUGGUAAAACCAUCCAGGUGAUAUCAUUUCUCUCUGGCAUGUACGACAGUGAUGCGGCUAAACACACACUGCUGGUCAUGCCAACUUCACUCAUCACAAACUGGACGAAGGAGUUUGCCAAAUGGACUCCUGGCAUGAGGGUGAAGGAGUUUCACGGUGUGGGCAAAGAGAGGACCAGGAAUUUGGAGAAAGUUCAGAGAAGAAAUGGCGUCAUCAUCACCACAUACUGUAUGCUUAUAAACAACUGGCAGCAAUUGUCAUCAUACCAUGGCAAAGAGUUCACAUGGGACUACAUGAUCCUGGAUGAGGCCCACAAGAUAAAAUCCACGGCAACCAAAACAGCCAAAAGUGCCGCUGCCAUACCUUCAAAAAACCGACUUCUCCUCACAGGCACUCCAGUCCAGAACAACCUAAAAGAAAUGUGGGCUCUCUUUGACUUUGCUUGCCAAGGCACUCUCCUCGGCACAGCUAAAACAUUCAAAACAGAGUAUGAGAACCCCAUCACCCGGGCCCGAGAGAAGGACGCCACUCCAGGGGAAAAGGCUCUCGGGUCUCGGAUGUCUGAGAACCUCAUGACCAUCAUAAAACCCUACUUCCUCCGCAGGACAAAAGCAGAGGUGCAAAAGAACAAAAUGAACGGCACACAUCCGUGCGAAGAGGAAUAUUCAGACAAGGACAGCAAAGUUCGAAACCUUCCAAAAGACUCUGGAGCAGUCAUGCCCACGCUGACAAGAAAGAACGACCUGAUUGUCUGGACUUACCUGAGCUCUGUUCAGGAAGACAUAUACAGGCAGUUCCUUUCCCUGGACCACAUCAAAGAGCUGCUCAUGACCACCAGAUCACCUCUAGCUGAAUUAAACAUAAUGAAAAAACUGUGUGACCACCCAAGACUGCUUUCUGCUGCAGCCAUAGCCAAGUUAGGCUUGGAGGAAAGUACAGCUGAAAAUGAAAACAUGGAGGCAGACACAGGCAGCAUCGCAAACGUGUCUGACGACACCUUAAUAUCUGAGUCUGGAAAACUUGUCUUUCUGUUUGCACUGCUUGAAAGGCUCAGAGAAGAAGGCCACCGCACACUCGUCUUUGCUCAUUACAGGAAAGUGCUUGACAUCAUUCAACGCAUUCUGGGCAACCGAGGAUUCAAAGUAUUGAGACUGGAUGGCACAGUAACACAGGUUGUAGAGAGAGAGCGGCUCAUUACUCUGUUCCAGACAGACAAACGUUACUCUGUCUUCCUCCUGACCACCCAGGUUGGAGGAGUUGGCAUCACUUUGACGGCAGCAAAUCGAGUCGUGAUCUAUGACCCCAGCUGGAACCCAGCAACAGACGCCCAGGCUGUUGACAGGGCGUACCGCAUCGGCCAGACUGAAAAUGUCGUCAUUUAUAGACUGAUAACCUGCGGCACAGUGGAGGAGAAGAUCUACAGACGGCAGGUUUUCAAAGACUCUCUCAUCAGACAGAAUACUGGGGACAAAAAGAACCCUUUUCGGUACUUCAGCAAGCAAGAGCUGAAGGAGCUCUUCAUUCUGGAGGACCCACGGUCCUCAUCCACACAGAUGCAGCUUCAGGCUCUCCACUCCAGACACCGACGGACAGACGCUGAACUGGACGAGCACAUUGCCCACCUCCACUCCAUGGAGAUCUUUGGGAUUUCUGACCACGACCUGAUGUAUUCUCUUGAUGUCAACCAUGACGAGGCCGAGGACCAAGAGGCGCACCACUACAUUGAAGGGAGGGUCCAGAAGGCCCAGGAGCUGAUGAAGGCUGAGUCAGAAUUACAGAUGCAGAUGGCAGAGAGCAUGGCAUCAAGCACAGAACCAGCCUGGCUCAGACAACCACUGGACAACCACAACAGAGAGCGUUCUAAUGAGAAAAAGACAAAAAAUCCAAGACCAAGUCCUUCCUAUCCACAGCCUGACCACAACUUCAACGGGUCACCUGUUGUGGUGGAGUUGGACCAGUCGAGUUCUGACAAGGAGGCCGGCCAACAGAAUAUGAGUGACAGAGUCAUUGAUCUUACUGCAGAUGACAGUAUGUCAGAAGAACAACGUUUUGUAGAAGUAAGCCAAGACAAGCUUGCCCAGCAGAACCUGGAUUCCCUAAAACACCAGUCUGUCAAGCAGGAGAGAAAUUACAUGAUAGAAGAAGACACUACUCCUCAAGAGAUGAUUGAGGAGUCUUUGGUGAUGUCAGAGGCCAGUGAUGCUGCAGCUGGUGAUAAGGCAGAUGCCUCUGUCCAAGAGCUAAUAGAUGAGUCUGCAUCGUCUGAGGAUGCAGUAGCUUCAGCAGGUGAUGGCGGCCCGGCAUACAUUACAGCACUUGAUGAAGAUGAGGAACUAAACGGAACUUCACGUUCACUAUACAACUCUAAGAUGGGCUUGGGGCAUUCUCAUGGCACAUCCCUGCAAAACAAACGACUUUCUGUCUUGCAAGCAUCCUGUUCAAGCUUCAAAGCAGAAACAUCAUCAAGAGUCAGUACGGGGCUUGAAUCCUAUGAAGGCAACUUCCAUUUACAGCUUGAGGACAGUGAGAUGUUCUCAGACCAUCAAGAGACUGAAGCAGAGGAGAGGAACCUGCUGUCGCAGCUGCAGAUGGAGGGGAGUUUUGACAUAAAUAAAUCCCUUUCUGAGAGACAACAUGGAAAAGUGCUCGGCCAACACCUUAACGGCGCCUCUAAAAUGGACGAGUCAAUGAAUGAAUCCAUUGUGGCUACCAAGAAGAAAAGAGCAGCAGUUAUUUAUGAUAGUGAGGAAGAUGAUGACGAUGUUGGUGAUGAUGAUGAUGAUACGAGUCAACUCAACAACUCCAUCCAGGCUCUUGGAGCAUCAACACCUAAAUCUGCGCCAUCUGGCCCCACCCCUCUCAGGUCAAGAAAGAGUGUGGGAGGAAACACCUCCGGGGCCUCACGCCGGUCCCCCCUCUUGUCCAUCAUUGACGAUAUGGAGAGCCACAACGAAGCAAUGACUGAUGAGGAUGAAGAAGAUAAUGAUGUUUCAGAGAGGCAUUCUGAUGAGGCCGAAGAGGACAACGACAUUGGUCCCUCUCUGGAUGAGCUUCAGCUGGAGAAGUCUGUCGGAGAAACAUUAAACACAGAGGGUGAGGAGGAGGAAGAAGAGGAUCAUGAUGAUGAUGAUGAUUAUGAUUACUCUGAGUCAGCAGAUACCGCCGAUGUGUCGGGACAGGAAAUGAGCAGUAACAUGGAGCAGUCAACCAGCGAGCCUGAGCUAGCCUCCUCAGAGAGGAUGGAUCAGUGCACCACUGAUGCAGGAGUCAAGACAAAGCCUUCCGUCGAGGAAGAGAGCUUCGACUCCCUGGUUAUUAAAGGGAAGGCGUGCCACAGCCAAGGGAAGCCGGACGACGCCCUGGGCUUCUUCCUGAGGGCUAUCGACAUCAAACCUGGAGAUCCUGAGAUUCAGCUCAUGACCAUCCAACUAUACCGACAGCUGAGUCAGAGGAGUUAACUGUUCAGAACAAUCCUUUGAUGGAAACUUUUACCACAACCUGAAAUUAUACUGUUAGAAUGGACUAUCAUGGCCACGCUGGCUGUUCCACAAAUCCAACGUGCACACUAGGGGUGCACGAUUCAGAAAAUGUACAAAUAUUAAUCUAUUUUUUGGAAUUCUAUGAAUCGAUUUUGAAUCAGUAGAGCUUGAAUCGAUUUCUAUUUUUUUAUUAUUAUUUUUUUGCACACCAUUAGUACUCACCAAAACCAACAGAGAGUUGGUUCAUCUGUCCAGACUCAUUCUUUAACUUUGACACCGUAACAGCACCUCGUAAUACCUUGUGAUCAAUAUGCUUCUAAAACUGUAAUUUCCCUAUGGCAUGUAACUACCAGUAUUGAAGGAAGUACAAUUGUAUUUUUUUAAGAAUUCGUGUUUUGUCACCUUUGGUCUGCAAAUAAUUUCCAUAAACGUAACCAAUUUGUAUCUUUGUAUUAUUGCUGUUAAAAGCCUGUAUCAUAUUUUGUAUAUUUACAGAAAUUACAGGAAUAGAUGCAAUGCAUGUAUUCAGCUGGUUCAGAAUCCUUAAUUGUUGAUAAACCAAAAA